AUGAGAGAAGAAUUAGCUCAUAAACUGUCGCGUAGUUUUGAUAUUAAGGAUGGACAAAGUGCUGAUAGUGAAGAUGGUAUGAGAAGACAUCAGUCCGUUCAAAGGUUAGCCAGGGGUGAAGAAGAAGCCAGAGAUAGAUCGAACGUAACUCCCGAUGAGGAGGGUAAUCUUCGAGUUAUUGUUAAGAAAACGAAACCCAUUCUUGGCAUAGCGAUCGAAGGUGGAGCAAAUACAAAACAUCCACUUCCAAGAAUAAUAAAUAUUAAUGAGAAUGGAGCAGCGUAUUGUUCUGGCGGUCUCGAAGUUGGCCAACUCAUCCUCCAAGUGGACGGCACCAAAGUGGAAGGACUCCAGCACCAAGACGUUGCUCGACUCAUCGCAGAAUCGUUUGCGAGGCGGGAUCGAGAAGACAUCGAAUUCCUGGUGGUUGAGGCAAAGAAAAGCAACCUGGAACCCAAGCCUACGGCUUUAAUAUUCCUCGAAGCUUAACAUUUGCUUAGCCUCCCCCCUAGCGAUCCACCGGGGCCACUGCCCAGCCUUGAGGACGUCACCGACUGAAUUGUUCACUACCACACAUAUCAAAAAGCAAACCUUUAGGAUCUUUCCAAGCACGUUUGCGAAAUUAUAAUUAUUGAAAAUUAUUUCAUGAAUGUGCUGGAAAUGUGAUAGUUCCUGUAGAUGUUUAGACUGAUUCCAACAUUCUCCAGCAUACUUUUAUUUAUUCUUUAGAAACCGACCAUCGAUAUUGUACUUACACGACUUUUUUCUUCAAAAGCUUUUGAAUUUUAAUUUGAAAUAGUAAGUAAGUAAAGGAAAGGUAGUCGGUAAAAUUAAAGACAACUGUAUGUUCAACGAACAUGAAUAAAAAUUCCCAUUAUAAAUAAAUAAGUAAAUUAAUUGAACGGAAACAAAAGCAAAUAUUUUUGUCAUUGUAAGUUUAUGUUAAUUCAUAUUUCAAAAACUUUUCACUCAGGCAAAAACUAUUGCAAUUUUUGCAAACAAAUAUUUAUUAAAAUAAAAAGUAUGUGAAUGCGAUUUACGAUUGACAAAAUUUAUUUCAAUUUACUUUUUUAAACUAAUCCUAAAAUCUUAUACAUUGAUACAUACAAAUCGAAAUAAAUAAAGAUCAGGUUGUUUUACAAUCAGUUAUACAUUGGGAAUUAAAAGUCAAUUAAACAUCAUAGACGUUAAAAAUUAAUUAUUAUUAUCCUUCUCUAAAUCCAACGAUUCUUUUUUGUCGAAUUUUUAGCCUCUAAUUUAAGGAAUCAUUAGAUUUACCUAUUCUUUGUAAUAGUUAGACGAAUCAAAGUCAAAAUAAUAGAAAAAGAACAAGUAUCAAAUACUUAUUAUCUAAUACCAAUGUGAAAAUUUAUUUUAAAUCUUUCCCACUGCAAACUUCCUCAGCUUAAUAAGGAAAAAUUUGUUGCUGUUGUCACACCCUCGCCGGGAAUCGAACCCGUAACCUUUGGCUUUACGCACCAAUCCUCUGACCAGCAAGCUACGAGUGGUGACAACAGCAACAACCGCAGUGGUCAGAGCAUUGGU